UAUUAUGGAGUGAGCCUUCGGCGACAAGUCACACACACCACGCUGAUGAGGCUCUUCAUCGUUUAACCUUGGUAAACUGUUAAUAAAACUCAGUAAAAUUCAUUGACCUGUCGCAGAGGAGGCUUUCAUUCACACAAGAGAGAGGUCUUCAGAUCAAAACAAACAUGAAUUUCGAGAACAAAGAAAAAACACUAGAGAUGGUGGAAAAACAAAUAGAAGAAGACCAAAUCGAGUUCAUUCGUUUCGAAUUCGGUGACAUGAGUGGUUUCUCUCGCUGCAAGGUUGUGCCCGCCAGACACGUGCGAGCCAAGUCAACCCGUGGAGUAAACAUCCCAUUGGUGCAUCUAGCGAUGGACCCUAGUUGUCAUUUCGCUCAAGGUACGGGAUACUCGACAGAGAUUGGUUGGGGAGAUGCAGCAUUCCUACCAGACCUGAGCACCUUCCGCACCGUGCCAUGGUGCAAGAACACGGCCUUGGUACUGACCGAGCCGUGCUUUCAAGGCAAGCCAGUAUCAUCAUACCCACGGUACAUCGCCAGGCAGCAGAUUGACCGUCUGAAUGAGAUGGGUCUCUCUCUACUUUCAGCUCAUGAGCACGAGUUCUACGUUAUUGGAGCCGAGUCCAAGAAACCACUUCACGCUGGAAACCUGCGAUCAUCUCUAAGUAUUUUCGCUGAAAGUGACUUAUUGUAUGAGUUUUCAAGAUGUUUACAGAUGACUGGUGUUGACGUGGAAGCUAUAGACACGGAGGUUUCUCCCGGUCAAGUUGAGAUAACUUACAAACCAGCCUUUGGUAUCCGAGCAGCUGACAACGCGCAUAUCUACCGUACAGCCAUCAAGGAGAUUGCUCAGAAGCGAGGCUACAUCGCUUCAUUCAUGUCCAAACCGUGGUCAGAUCAGUCCGGAAGCUCUGCCCAUUUUUGUCAUUCUCUCUGGGAUACCGAAGGAAAGACAAGUUUAAUGCAUGACCCGUCUAUGGAGCUUGGUAUCUCCGAGCUGGCCGAGCACUGGAUUGCAGGUAUCAUCGCACAUGCCCCAGCUAUAAGUCUACUCAUGGCACCAACCACGAACUGCCAGAAACGAACUGAACCUAAUAGUUUUGCUCCAACCAACGGCACAUGGGGAAUAGACAAUAGGACCUGUGCUUUACGUCUUAAAUCUCAAGGUGAGAAUGGUAUGUAUCUUGAGAACCGCAUGGGAGCAAGUGCCAGUAAUCCUUACCUGACCCUAGCGGCCACUGUUGCUGCAGGUAUAGAUGGCAUCAAGCGAUCACUGCCCCUCCCUCCCAGGGUUACCCGUGACGCCUACAACAACGAAGACGUACCUCCCGGUACCAAGGCCCUUCCUUCUAAUCUCAAAGACGCUGUUGAUGCUUUCCAAGGAGACAUCGUAGUUAGGGAGGCAUUCGGUGAGGAAUUUUGUCGAGCCUUCCUUGCCAUUAAGCGGCUUGAACUUGAAAUAGAACAGGAAUCAUCAGAAACCGGGAAACCAUUGUGGGAAUAUAACAGCUACUUUGUUAUGACGUAGUCCUGAAACAAUGCAGUUUUCAGAAAUCACAUAUUACUUUAUAGGAACUAUACAAUGGUACCCUUUAACUGUAGAAAUUAUUAGAACUGUUGGUCUAUCAACCUGGUUAUUUAUAGAAUAAAGACUGCUAUUUGAGUGUUAUGAAUCACACGAGUACAACAUCAUUUGUUUCAAUAAACCCAAUGUAUUGGCUUAGAACUUAUUAUGUUUGGUACACCACGCACUGGCGUCCAAUGUUAUAAUAAUAUAAAUAGAAAAACUCCGAUGUGCUAAAAGUCUUUUACAAAUGUGUUAACUUAUACCAGGCCUAAUGCCAAUAUACAAAAUAAAAAUUACAAGAGCUUAUUAUUUUGCCACGGUGUAAAUAAUAUUCUGUUUAAGAACCGUCUUGAUUUUUGUCAAUUUUGAUGAGAUUUGCAAUGUUGUAUAUCUCGUUAUUACAAAACAACUUAGCUAGGCCUCAUCUCUUCCUCUGUGCACUGUUUUACUAUACGGAAACGCAUAUAUAUUGACGUCACUUAAAUAAAAAAACUUUCACUUUAAGUUUUGGACUUACCGUGUACGUACACUAUAGGUUUGGAUUUAAUUUAUACGUACACGAUAAGCUAUCGUGUACAUAUACGAUAAGAGAGGGAUUUUUGUUAUCCAUGUGGCGACAAUACACUUCCGUAUAAUGCAAAGACACUAUUCACAAAGAAUCACCACGAACUCUCUCUUGAAUUCAACCUAGGCAUGAAAACCAUUGCAAACCAUUACAUUUCAUUGUAACCCCAAUCCUUCCAAAGUUCACCCAGAUCAAGAAAGCCUUUUUCAUAAUGUAUCUCUUAUCUCUCAUUUGAUUACACACUGCAAAUCCCGUUGGUCAAAAAUUUCCCAACUUUUUUGCCCAACGUUGUUCAAAUAUCAACUGACUACAUAAUUGGGCAUAACUUCACCACUAGUGGUUGGGCAAUAACAUUUAUCAAAUAGUUGGGCAAACAAUUUGACAAAACAAGUUGGUCAAAUCAUUUUACCCAACAGCUGGGCAAAAACUUUUGACCAAUAGUUGGGCAAGUUUGUUUACUAUAAUAUGUUGGUUAAAAUGCUGCCCAACAAUGUAGUCAGUUUGAUAUUUGAACCAACGUUCGGCAACCGUGUUGGGCAACCCAACAAAAGUAUCAAUGAUUGACUAUUUGUUGGUUACUCCUUUAUCCAAUA